CGAUGACGUCCGCGGGGGGUGGGGUCAGGAUCGUGAGUGCUCGAUGACGUCACGGCGGUCUAGCCGUUUCGCGCGUUAAUGGCACGCGGUGGGUCAGGAUUGUCGUGGUCGAUGACGCCCGCGGCGGUGGGUUCAGGAUCGUGAGUGCGCGAAGACGUCACGCCGGCCGGGCCGUAUCGCGCGAUGACAUCAUCGCGCUCGGCGUGACGUCAUCGACAGGACGAGAGGCGGGGAGGGGGUAGCAUCUUGAACGACGUCGCGAAACGGAUCCGUCCGUCGUUGAGUUUCAAGCCUCCCGGCUUUUGUUUCCUCGCGAACCUUCGAUCGAGACGCCGUCGCGAUGGUGUGCGGUUUCGACGCCCAGCGCGGCUCCAUCCGCCUCAUGCGCAUCGGCCUGGCGCUCAUCGUGCUCGGCAACCUGAGCUUCAUCUUCGGCGCCAUCGUGCACGGCACGGUGCUGCGCCACGUGUCGCGGCCCGGCUCCAGCAUCAACCAGGAGUACAAGGCCGGAAACUUCUCCUCCGUGUUUUCCGGCCUCAUGUGCAUUGCAACAGGCGUGUUUGCCAUCCUUCUCUCCAAGAACCUGCAGAGAUCUUGCUUUCAAACGGGUCUUUUGGUGACGUCCUCGCUCUGCUGCCUGCUGACGGCGCUGUGCUGGGUGACGCUUGGCCUGGCCGUGGUGCUCACCGUCAAGAGCAAUGGCCGCAACCUGGAGCAGGAGUGCAUGGAGCCUCAGGAGGUGGCUCGACACCGCUCGUCGGGGCAGUCUGUCACGCAGAUGCCCUGCGCCAGUGACCCCUCCCGCCUCUACGACACCACGAUGGCCCUGUGGUUGACAGAAGUGCUGAUGGCGCUGGUGGAGAUGGGGCUGUCCAUCCGUUGCAUCAUCGUGGCUGUGAUCCUGCGUGGAUGCGGGCCGUGCAUGCGCCCCGCGCCCUACGAGAACCACACGCAAAAGGCGGACGUUGAGGUGUCGAGUAUCGUGGGCGACGACUCUGACACGGAGAGUGGCGUCAGCAGCGCCAAGGUGAAGUUCAAUCUUCCCGAGGCACAGCCGCCCAUCGAGAACCGGCAGCUCAUCGUGGAGAACGCCGUGUCUGUCUAGAGCAGCGCACCGUCACGCCGCUCCCGACGUCACAUCGCUCGCACCACCACAUCACUCGCAACGUCACGCCGCUCGCGACGUCACAUCGCUCGCACCACCACAUCACUCGCAACGUCACGCCGCUCCCGACGUCACAUCGCUCGCACCACCACAUCACUCGCAACGUCACGUCGCUCCCGACGUCACAUCGCUCGCACCACCACAUCACUCGCAACGUCACGCCACUCGCGACGUCACAUCGCUCGCACCACCACAUCACUCGCAACGUCAUGUCGCUCGCACGGCAACAUCGCUCGCACGGCAACAUCGCUCGCACCACCACAUCACUCGCAACGUCACGUCGCUCCCGACGUCACAUCGCUCGCACCGCCACAUCACUCGCAACGUCACGUCGCUUCCGACGUCACAUCGCUCACUCCGCCACAUCGCUCACGCCGUCACGUGGCUUCCACUGUGACAUCAAUCACACCGUCAGAUGGCUUGUGCUGAUUGUUCGUCGGUGUUCUUUAUUCACUCUCACUAAUUGGUAACUCGCAACUUGCAUUCACUCACAUUGGUCAUGCACACCACGUAUAUUUGGGUACCACUCACUGGCACAAGCAGUUAACACAGAGCGCUCAUUCACGCUUACUGUGCAAUCUAAUUUUACACCCAUUCGCACACACACCACCCAUUCACAAACGCUGCCCAUUCAGUUGCACCGCACACUCAAUCAUGCACUACAAACUCGUGAACGCUGAACGCAACGCACAGGGUGCACGUAAUCACACCACGAGUUCACGCAGUGUGUGCGCUCGUGCGCACGCACGCACACAAGAAGGCGUGUGUGUGCGCGCGCACGCGUGUCUCUGUGUUUGCGUGGCCUCCUUUUGGCUGUAGCGCGCACAAUGCCGACUCACCGUGCUUUAAAAUGAGCGCUGCGAGGGUUCCGCUUGUGUCAACCAAGGGUAAGAGGGAGGGGGCGGUGGUGGUGGUGGUGGUGGUGGUUCAGUGACCCACGCUUGCUCCCUCCAGCCGCCUACAUUAAGAUUCAUAAACCACUACUGAGUGCCUUCAGAGGCCCGCCAUUCGCGUGCUUCAUAUUUCACGUCUUGUUUGUCUGUAGUCGACGCAUCACUUUUAAAUUAGUACAUUGGGAGCCGCGGGUUCGAUUCCUGGCAGUGAUGCGCCUCAACAUCGAUGGUCAAUUGGCGUCCUGGCCUGGGCCUCCCCUAUGUUGACCCAGCCUUUAAUGAGUACCCUUGUAAGUCGUGUGGUGCGCAGCAGCAGCAUGGAUGACGUAAGAGCAGUCGGCUGUGCGCGUCAGGCCGCUGCCUUGUGACGGCCUUAAUAGGUGCUCGCUGAUAACGCUUGCCCCAGCGGUCCGUAAUGCCACACGGUAGGUGGGGGGGAGGGUACGUGGUGGUGGUGGUGGUGAAAGGGAAAAUUCCCAGUAAUUACGUUGGGGUGGUUGCAGCUGCAUGGCGCACCGUGGGACCUUUAAAUGGAGUCUGCAGGGAGCGGAGAGGGGUAGGGAAGGAAAAGCUCGAGACUUUAUAUCGGUGGGGGGGGGAGGCAUUUAGAGAUUAUAAAAUGGGUAACAGUGGGGGGGCGGGUGUGUAAUUGAGUUUGUGAUGUGGGAAUGGCAGGGCCUUUGGUGGGAGAAUCACAGUCAUGCUUCUCAACAACACGGCCGCCAUUAUAAAUUCAGUGUUGGUGUGAGGUUAUGAUGAGAUGCUUAAUCAUUCGGGGCUAUGUCGCAAUAGACUUUGUUAUCCUUGAAUGAGUCCUAAUGUUAUUACUCAUUAUCCCAGGUGACUUUCGGUGCGCGUGGUUGGAACUAGAGUUCGGACCGCAUUUGUUUCAGGGUUAGGAUCCGAUAUUAAAUUUGUGUUUGUAGGAGAAAACCGCGUGCGGGAUUUUGGCCUUUUCCUUGCGGAGAGCGACGAGGCCUGUGACCACCUGACCCCCACUGGAGUCGAGAGCUCUAAACUAGAUGUACAAGUUUCAUAUCCAUCAUCAGUAUCGGCCAUGAUCUCUCCUCUGCUGGAUUAAGACCUCACCCACUCUGUCGCCAUAUCUUGUGGGCCUGUGAUACCAGUCUCGUUCCAGCACGUGGACGGAUCUAAUUUAUCGGUUUCUGCAGUGAGCGUCCCCCCCUUUGGCUGAUGUUGUGUCGGGAGUGUCCGUCGGCCGUAAUCCCCCCGAGCUACGGCGUGUCCUGCCCAAGUCCACAUGCUCAUCUUAUCAAGUCUUGGCUCAUGUCUACGAUUAUCGUUCGUUCACUUGCCAUUUCUUUUGAGUCGUUGCGAACGCACAUCAUUCCACUAAACAACAAGACAAACGCCAAGCGUGUCUCCCUGCUCAAAACAAACAUUGGGCUGAUGUUCAUUCCCAAUGGUGGCCUUGAGCCAGAAAAGGAAAUUCCACGUGACCAUGGCAGUGGAUUUUCACUGUGGAGAACAAGCACUUGUUGAUGUCAACAAAGUGGUACUAAUUUUAUUGACCGUGGAGUGAUGAUGGGCAUUGUGUGAAUCCCACACGAGACUAUCACACACUCCGCAUAGUUCACGUAAUUGGAAUUUACGCAUGAGACGAUCCAUCGAUUCAUUAAAAUAAAUUAUUAUGCUCAUGAUAUGCUUCAAAUUGCACGCAUGAGAAUUGAUUGUCUAUAAUAGCUGCAAAUUAAAUGCAUGGGAUACCAAUGUGGCAUUGAUGAUAGUGGAGGGAACAAAACUACAAACGAGACCAAAUGAAAUGAGAAACUACAAAUGUGGCGGUGAAAACUCGACCAAAAAGGAAUUGGUUCUUGGGUUGUUUUACAACCCCCGAAUCGUGGCAAUCAAAUCGCAUGCGGUGGGAGGGGGCGGUGGCGGCGAGGGGGGGGGCUGUGGGCGGGGGGGGUGAGUUGGGGUGAAUCGUUCAGUGCCGAUUGCAAUCGCCCGUUCGUGGCACCGGCAACAGUCAACCGGCGUCCUCUUCAUCAUUUGAGGCUCUGUUUUUGGAGCUGUAAUUUAUUUCUCCAUCCCUAGCGGCCUCGCUUUCUUAAGCGGCAAUGAUAAUGCCUCGCGGAUGUGGGUCGGGCGAACGGGAUUGCCUAGAGAAUUCAAGCGUCGGGGGAGGCGAGACGCGUGAUUGAGACCGGUUCGCCACCCACCUACCCAACCAAACGCUCACCUACCCACACAUCCAUCCGUCCACCCCUACUCUCUUUUAAGGUCAAUUGGAAACGCCGAGCCGUAAAGGUAAUGAGCCAUAGGUGGCUUUCAUUAGGAGGGAGUCGCUCUGUACUAUCACCUACACCAGUCCUAAUACGUUCGUCUGGCUCGACCUCCCUAUUAAAAUCCACAAUGCCCAGCGAGGGUGUGGAAGGGUGGGUGUGAAGGGAAGGCAGGUUCGUCAAACCAAAGUCUGUCUACUCGGUUUUGCCUAAUGACUAGAUCACGCGAAAUGUGCCACCUAAUUUAUAUCUCUGAAGCCAAGCAGGUUUGAUUGCAGUUAGUGUUUGAAUGGGCGACUCCCUGGGAAUACUUGAUAGUCGUGUGGGCUGUGAGGUGACCAGGAGAUGCCAGUAGGGGAUUUUGGAAUAUAUCCGUGCAGAGAUUUGAUAGUGUGGGGGUUGUCUUCCAUUACUGCAGGUUCCUCCCUGAUGCCAAACGCGAAGGAAUUGGCUGCCAAACUUUCCAAUGCACCCUUCCCCUGAAAAUAUUGAGACCAAACCAGGCUUUCGUGGGUAUUUAUUUUCAAACGAGAAAUUGGCCAGCGCAUAUCACCACUGGCAACUGCUGAGCCAGUAGUGAAAAUUCCAUGUUCCCGUGGCGGGAACAAAUUUAUUCAAAGAGCAAACGCAGUUGGCUUCCGUCAGUUGUGCAUAUUUCUAAGAUGUAUUUCACCUCGAGGAGGGAGCUGGCCAGACAUUCUGAGAAGAACCCCCCCCCUCGCUCUCGCCCUAAACUUUAGCCUCGGACAAGGCACCGUGAGGGUUUUAUGAGUUUGUAAUCCAGUGCUCGGGAGGCGAAGUUGGUGGAUCGAGCAGAGAUCGGUGCGCCUAUGGCCGUGAAGUGGCGAUUUAUUCGUGGGUAUGUUGUAUUGACCCGUCCGUAUAAAUAUUGGACCCUGUUGAAAAACAGGCAGUCUUAAGACUCAGGAGGCCUCUCCUGGGUUUAAAUGACCACAUGAGCUCAGGUUUGACAGCAGGAACAGCUGCUGAACUGGAGAGGUAUAUCGACUUGUUAUUAUUACUAUUAUUAUUUCGUCCUUACUGUGGGACCUAACUGUGACUGUUGACAUUCCCAGAUCACAGCGAUCAGCUGGGUUUUAUAAGAAUAAUUUCGUACGCGGGGGUGAACUAGGGCUUGGUAAUGUGCGAGUGUUGAUAAAAUAAGUAAAUUAAAAACUCCAUCAUUGACGCUGCCUCAUAACAGAAAUUUAUAUCGUCGGUUGACGAUUUACAAAUGAGUAAACAUCAAGAGAGCAGAGGAACUGGCUGACUGUGUCGUUGGGUAUUUCUCUCCAUGCCGGUGUCCUGAGAAGUGGGAACGGUUUUCUGUUCUAAUGAGGCGGUGUUAAUGACGAGCGCAGUGAGGUGUCUGCAAUGUGUGCACGUGUUGCGACCCAUGUCUCGUAAUGUUGUGUGCAAAGUGUUGAUCGCGUCUUCGCGAUGCUCUGGCGCAUAUGCUUUAGUUAGUAAUACCCUUGAGUUGUCGCUGGGAGCUUAAGCAAGCGAGGCCAAUUUUCAGAACCAAAGAUAGGUGCUUAGACGAAUUGCCUUAAUGCCACGUUUUAUUCGUUUCUAUGUUUAUGUAACGUGGACGCAUGUCGUCUGUGUGCGUGGGGACUGGUGGCGCAGCGGUUAGAGCACUGUUGCGAGCCUGGCGACGUUUAAUUUUUAUUUCUGGCCAGGUGGUGUUUCCACAUUUCCUAGGCAUCCCCUAGAUUAUCUCGGCCUUAAAUGAGCACGUGUUUGUAGUGUGCAAACAUCAGCACUGGGGCAUGGCUUUUCCGGCCACACCAGUUUGUUUCGGGCCAUUUCAGCCUGAGCAGGUGCUCGCUCAUCGCAUUUGCCUCGACGGUCUACGAUGCACGUCACCUGGCCGACGCCCGAUGUGUUUGUGUUAUUGUCCGUGCGGUGGUCACCGACACGCUCCGACUGACCACCGUUGAACUCCGUCACGUGCGCGGGGCGCUGAGAUUGACGCUGCCGGAAAUGAGUUGACCUUGCUUUGUCUGUGUUGAUUAGCAUCGGCAGUAGAGGGACAAAGGCGGUCGGGGCCUGAUCGGUUUCGAGCCCGCUCGUCGCACGGAUGGCGUGGUGGCCUUAAUGGGUGCUCGCAAACAGCGCCUGCUCCCCUACCGCUGUGUUGAUGCACAGGUCCGUGUGGUAAAUGGAGAUCUCAGUUUUAUAGGAGCACGUGUGUACUCUUUAGUUUUUAAACGAGACACUGGAGUAGUGUUUUUUUUUGCAGGGCUAAGACGUUAUGUGUGCAGAGAAGAAGAAAACAGCUAAAGCUGUUUUUUUUUUAAAUAUAAUAAUUUGUGAGUUUCAGGAGGUUGGCAGGUAGGGGGCUUGGAGCCAAUCUUCAAGCGGAGGUUGUGAGCGCGGCUGGAGGCUCAAGCUCCCGCUUUCUUGCACACUGGCAGGUGGGAAGAUCGCAAUGUGUAAAUCGUUUGAGUGGAAAUAAAAGAAAUUAUACCGGAAGUA